AUGACACGAAAUGUUAGGGGAUGGCAAAAUCAUAAUCACAACCCGCUAAAACCGGCACUUGAAGAAGAAACGAAUAAAAACGCGAAAACAUCCGCUUCCGUAUGGGAUAAUGACGCGCCUAUUCCAAAUCCCUUCGAUAGGAAGUCGUAUACCGAGGUGGUUUCCAAUUUGAAACGAUACCAGGACAAGGGGCGGUACACCGAUUUUAUCACUCGUGAGCGAAUCAGACAUCCAAUGAUCAAACGCGUGGCAUUCACCGACUUUUAUAAACUGGACAUGGAAUCGUUGAAACAAGAGAUGGAAGAAACACUCGACCCGGAAUUGCAUGACAUCGAGGCCAGUCCGUUCGCAUAUGAAGUAGACGAGGAAUUGCAACGUAAAGAUUUUGAAGAAUUCAUUGUGCUUCAGUCUAUCAGUCCGUCUGAAAUGGGACAUUCGUAUUUUAAAAUUAUCAAACUAUUUCGCUAUGUUAGUAUUACAAAUGUUCAAGGCACAAUGAUUGCCCUCUUGUCCUUGAACCGGUUGAUUAAACGUAGUCCGGAAGUGGUUCAGGCGGUCGAAGAAAGUGAUGGAAUUGCAUUACUCCUGAAUAUGUUAGAAUGUAAAACAAUGUGCGUCCAGUUGGCCUCAAUGCAAUUACUUUCCUCCCUGUUCAAGGUUACGUAUCUACGACGAAUGGCUGUCGCUUACGGGGCUGUGCAAGUGUUGGUCAAUUUGUUACUUGAGUCGGAUGACAAUAUCAAAGUGAUGACUUCCGAUCUGUUAGCCAGUCUAGCUUUGCUCAAAGAAGCACGUCAGAUUAUUCCGCAAACCAAAGGUAUACAACAUUUGGUUGGUCUACUCAACAUGACCGCACAUCGUACGGAAAAUCCGAUGCGCAGUGAAAACGUUCCGUAUUUGAGAUCGGCCGAUCGAUCCAAACGUAGACACAGUUUAGUUAAUGAGGAAGAAUUACGCGCUCGAGAGGAUAUGCUACGUGGUGAGCGUGUUCUGAUAUCGGUGGCGACCGCACUAUGGCGAUUCAGUCGCAGUGCCAUUAAUCGACACAUAAUGCAACGUGCCGGUCUGGUUUUGACUCUUGUACGAUUGGUCAAAAUAAAAAACGAAAAAGUCCUUGUACCGGUUCUUGGUAUUCUACAAGGUUGUGCGACUGAUGCUGCAUUUCGGCUCUCAAUAAGAACAGAGGGUAUUUUGAAAUUUCUUAGUGAACAUUUACGAUGUACGGAUCCCAAAGUGAAAUUACAAUGUGCUCGAACGUUGUACUAUUGCGCGAACGAUGAUGUAACCAAGGUGAUGAUUUCCACUUUGGGGGGUUUGAAUGCUUUGAGCACAAAUCUGAAGAUUCAGAUCAACGAGGCGACCAAACUUUUACGGUUAGGUUGGAUUGAAGCAAACAAUGCAGGUGGCAUUGAAUACAAUCUAGCGGAACGUCGAUUGACGAGAGAGGAAAAUAAUGGUUCAUCCGUAUCCAUGAAACCACAGACCAAUUCACCUCAGCCGGAAGUUCGUGUCUCGCGUCUUCGAAUGUCUGGCCAAUCGGUCAGCCAUACCAGAACGGGUUCGGCUGCAUCCCGAUCAAAUAGUGACAAAGACGAUGAUUCGAUCACGUUUCAGUUGUUGCACACCAUCCUGGCCGUCAUUGGGAAAUGCUGUAGCCUUGAAUCGAAUCUAAUUACUUUACAUCAACUCGGGGUGUCGGAAUGUUUGAUCAAACUUUUACAUCUUGUUCCUCCAUAUCUGAUGAGCUUUCGACAGCCUAGUUGUGCCGUUUCCACGAAGUUGCAAAAAGUCACCCUACUGGAACGUGUUUGUGCACUAAACAUUCACUGUCUCUCGCUGAUUGCUCGAUUGCCUGUUGUCCAAACACAACUGGCCACCAGUUCUUCCAGUCUGAAAAAUCUGAUCAACUUGCUGAGUCACGUCUCACCGGAUAUUCUGGUACCCACAAUUAACGCGCUCGCUUCACUCGGCGCGGAUCAGAAUCUAAUGCAAAUUUUAACCAAACAAAAAGGAUUUCGUUACCUUUUCUCGCUCAGUUUUCACCCGGAUCCCCGUGUUCGUACGUCAGCUUUAUGGGCAGUACGUGCAUUUCUAAACACGGCUCAGAGUCGCUCAAAACUGCUUCGCCCGGUCAGUAGUUCGUUAGGAUAUUUGGUUCAAACUUUGAGCACAGAAUACACUGAGUUGAGUGCUUUCAGCCCCAAACCGGAUUUGGAAAAAGAACAGCUAUUGUCCGCUCUGUGUUCUGUCCUGGCAGAAAUUGCUUCCGAAGACCAGGGUAGAGCUAUCCUGAUUGAACUCGGUGUGGUUCCCUGUUUGGCCAAUUUGACCACAAUCGCUCAAGAGGAUUGUCUACGAAUCGGGGUCACCAAGGCGAUCACACAAUUCGGCAAUUCCGAUGUGAUGGUUCGGGCUUUUCGGAAUCGGGCCGUACUGAACGCCCUGAUCGAAUUUGUUCGACUCGGGAGUCUGGAAUUGAAAAUCAGCGCAGCACGUGCCCUGGACGUGCUCAGUGCAGACAGUGUGAUUUGCUCCUCCGUUCGGGCUUUGGAUGUGACGUCAACGUUAUUACAAAUCAUGUGCGAUGCGCCACCUGAAUUGCAAGCCGCGGCGGCUCAUGUGAUCGGACGUAUUGCCAGGCUUAGUUUAUCAACCAGUCCAAGAUCAGUGCGGCAUUGA